CACCCACCUCGCCAUCUCCGCCGUCCUCCGCCACACACCCCACACCAUGGCAGCGCACUCCGUCGCCGCCGCGCACGCCACCAUCGCGGCCCGCGCGGGCGCCGCCCCCUCCUCCCCGGCGGCCGCCCCGGCCGAGCGCCUGGGCUUCCGCCUCAGCUCGCUCGCCGGCCGCGCCCUCCGCUCGCCGCUCCCGGCGCGCCGGGCCGCGGCCGCCGCCUCCUCCUCCCGCAGGAGCGGCAGCCAGCGCGUGCGCGCCUCCGCGGCCGUCGAGACCGUCGAGGCCGCCGCCACGGGCGAGCUGCUCGACAAGUCGGUCAACGCGAUCCGGUUCCUGGCCAUCGACGCCGUCGAGAAGGCCGUGUCCGGCCACCCCGGCCUCCCCAUGGGGUGCGCGCCCAUGGGCCACAUCUUGUAUGACGAGGUCAUGCGCUACAACCCCAAGAACCCCUACUGGUUCAACCGCGACCGCUUCGUCCUCUCCGCCGGCCACGGCUGCAUGCUCCAGUACGCCCUCCUCCACCUCGCCGGCUACGACGCCGUCAAGGAAGAGGACCUGAAGCAGUUCAGACAGUGGGGAAGCUCCACCCCCGGCCACCCUGAGAACUUCGAGACUCCUGGAGUUGAAGUCACCACUGGUCCUCUUGGCCAGGGUAUCGCGAAUGCCGUCGGGUUGGCGCUUGCUGAGAAGCACCUGGCUGCUCGUUUCAACAAGCCCGACAGUGAAAUCGUUGACCACUACACGUACUGUAUUGUGGGAGAUGGGUGCAACAUGGAGGGUAUCUUGACUGAAGCUUGCUCUUUGGCUGGGCAUUGGGGUCUUGGCAAGCUAAUUGUUUUCUACGACGACAACCACAUCUCCAUUGACGGAGACACGGAGAUUGCUUUUACAGAGGAUGUGAGUGGCCGCUUUGAGGCUCUUGGGUGGCACACACUCUGGGUUAAGAAUGGCAACGAUGGUUAUGACGAGAUCCGUAAAGCCAUUCAGGAAGCAAAAUCAGUUACUGACAAGCCCACAAUGAUCAAGGUGACUACCACAAUCGGUUUUGGAUCUCCCAACAAGGCCAACUCAUACGCUGUGCACGGAGCUGCAUUGGGCACCAGCGAGGUCGAAGCAACCAGGGCAAACCUUGGAUGGCCAUAUGAGCCAUUCUUUGUGCCCGAGGAUGUCAAGAGCCACUGGAGCCGCCAUAUUCCCCAAGGUGCCGCUCUUGAGGCUGACUGGGAUGCUAAGUUUGCACAGUACGAGCAGAAGUACCCAGAAGAUGCCGCCACCUUGAAAAGUAUUAUCACUGGAGAGUUGCCCGCUGGCUGGGCCGAUGCUCUUCCUCAAUACACCACAGAGAGCCCAGCAGAUGCCACCAGGAAUCUCUCCCAGCAAUGCUUGAAUGCACUUGCUAAAGUUGUGCCUGGUCUUAUUGGAGGCAGUGCUGAUCUUGCGUCCUCCAACAUGACAUUGCUUAAGAUGUUUGGCGACUUCCAGAAGGAUACCCCUGAGGAGCGCAAUGUCCGCUUUGGAGUCAGGGAGCACGGAAUGGGCGCCAUUUGCAACGGCAUUGCGCUGCACACCCCAGGGCUCAUUCCAUACUGUGCAACCUUCUUUGUUUUCACUGACUACAUGAGAGGUGCCAUGAGGAUCUCAGCCUUGUCUGAAGCUGGAGUUAUCUAUGUCAUGACCCAUGACUCUAUUGGUCUGGGUGAAGACGGUCCGACCCAUCAACCCAUUGAGCACUUGGUGAGCUUCCGUGCGAUGCCAAACAUGCUGAUGUUCCGUCCUGCUGAUGGCAAGGAGACUGCCGGGGCAUACAAGUUGGCUGUCCUCAACAGGAAGAGGCCAUCUAUUCUGGCUCUCUCCAGGCAAAAGCUUCCUCAUCUGCCUGGUACCUCAAUUGAGGGCGUUGCGAAGGGUGGAUACACCAUCUCUGACAACUCGACCGACAACAAGCCUGACUACAUCAUAAUGAGCACUGGUUCUGAGGUAGAGAUUGCCGUGAAGGCUGCCGAAGAGUUGACGAAGGAGGGGAAGACCGUCCGUGUUGUGUCAUUUGUUUGCUGGGAACUCUUCGACGAGCAGUCAGAUGAGUACAAGGAGAGCGUGCUCCCUGAGGCCGUCACCGCAAGGAUCAGCAUUGAGGCCGGGUCUACCCUCGGAUGGCAAAAGUACGUUGGGUCCAAGGGCAAGACCAUCGGCAUCGACAAGUUCGGCGCCAGCGCACCUGCCCCGAAGAUCUACAAGGAGUACGGCAUCACCGCGGAGAACGUCAUCGCCGCAGCCAAGAGCCUGUAAGAUCAGCACACUCUGCGAGGUUCUGUCAUCGUUGAUGCCAAAGAACAAACACCACACUUGUGAAGGUCUCGUGCCCAGAAGCUUUGGAAUAACGGAGGGAGAGGAGGAUAUGCCUGCGUCGGAGCGUGAGUGGUAUUUUUAGGCCUGUAAUAAACAAUGCCUUUUCCAUUUGCGUUGUCUUACAUUCGAUAUAUAUCGCCCCCCUUAGAUGAUUCGCGGAGGGGGCGAGCCUGAUCAAAUUGGGGACUGGUUUUUUGUAUUUGUUUACAUCGAACUGAUGGUCGUGCUUGCGAUGCUUCUUUCUCUCCCCGA